AGAAAUUCGGGACGUAAUCAGUUUAAGAGUGCAAAUCCCGCUUUUAACAGUAUGCUGAAGAAGGCUAGGCAGGAAGGAAAGGGCCAGGUACAGCACAAACGACCCAUACCUGCAGAUAACUAUCGGCACAUAUUUUCGUAGUUUCAUAUAUUCGUUGUCAUGUACAAACCUCUCUGUCUCCCCCUCGCCCUCUGCCUCUCUCUCUCUCUCUCUCUCUCCAACUUGAAUCCUUAGGUGCGCAGACUUAACCGACAGCAUUGCAUGUUACAGGUGAUCUUCAAAGGCUGUACCAGCAUCCAAGAGCUAUAAAUCCAGACAUACCAAACGGGUUGCUGCACAAGGUCAUGUUUGAGAUUUUGUUCUACUUUUGUAGAAGAGGAAGGGAAAACAUGCGAGACCUGAAAGUGUCCGAUUUCGAAGUAGCGUCUGAUGAAAUUGGCAGAAGAUAUGUUCGAGAGAAGACCAGUGAGCAAACGAAAAAUCACACCGGUAUUACCAACGAAAGUGAGGGUGACGGUGCAAGAAUGUAUGCGACAGGCACUAAAAUGUGCCUUAGGCAAUACAAUGUGAACAAUGUGGUGUUUCAUGGACAUUCUGCCCAAGAUGUGACAAUGAAAGGCACACUACCUUUCCUCUUCAUGAUCGCACAGCAUGGAUAUGGGCCGAGAAAAAGAGUGCUAUCUAUUCCAACACCCAACACCUGCGUUUGUUCUGGAACCUUUGAAGAUGUGCCAUUGCCGGGCCAACCAAUCACCGUGAUUACAACCACUGGAAGAUAUGAUGUGUUCAUGCCAGUCUAUAGCUGUACAUCUUGCCAGGAGACUGCUACGUAUGAUAUGCAUCAGCUCUUUGGUUGUGGGUACUGGAUUGGUACACCAGUUAGACCCAGUACCAUAUACGACAUUCAGUUAUUUCGAUUAUGGAAUGACAUCGUCGCAGUAUCUCCAGAUUUUCCUGCCUCUCGACUGAAAACUGUACUGGAAAGAGUUGGGAGGAAUCAUGGCAGGUUGAAUAUUCGCUUGAGAAAGAAUUCCAUUGGCCAAUUUAUGGUGAAACUCUCAAAAGAGGCAGAACUUUCUGACACCUACACAAACCACUGUGUGUGCGCAACGACAAUAACUGUCCUGAAUAAUGUCGGUUUCAAAGACAGGGAUAUUGUUUCUGUGUCUAGGCAUCGGAACGAGAAAUCACUUGCAAGCUAUGUUGCUGACACAAGGGUGGACACCAAGCGCAACAUGUCGGAUGCUUUGAGCACUAUCACCAACAACCUGAAUGCUGUUGUUCCAGUGAAGCCAACUUCUACCUGUAGUCAUUCACCAGUGAAUCCAUGUGCCAAGCCAUCCGUCAUUCAGGAUGAGUCAUGUAUAGACCUUUUGGACUGUGACGACUCCGUAUUGUUUGACGCCCUCAGUGAAAUUGACAACCGGAACAAAGUGAACGAAGUAUCGCUGCACACCCAGAACCAGCAAAUCCAAAAUUCAAUGAGUGCUCCAUACUUCAAUUUCAAUAACUGCAUUGUCAAUAUGUACAACAAGUGACUGUUCUAAAUCACGUAUUGAUGUUGACGCUUUCAAUGUGUAUUCCAAAGGAUACUUGGACAAUACUUUUAUUCCAAUGUUUAUUCCAGUUGCAAUGUGUUACGUUUGUGUUUUAAUACAAAUUGAAAUUGUUCGUUUAAGAAACUUUGUCUUAUUCACU